CCAAACAAGUAAAAAAGUCAAGACCCUCAUUUGUUUGUGGCUCACAUUCCCCCAAAAUUCCAACAGAUUUAUUAUUUUUAUUGUUAUUAUUGCCUGAUGGAAGUUAUACGAUGAUCAUGAUCAGAUUCUAGAUCGAACGGUUUUCACAUCAUCCGGCUCGUUUCGUAGCGAUGAAAGAAAGCGUUUGUAUGUCCUAUUUGUUGCGGAGUAUUUGAAGCCGGUGUCACUAGAUGGAAUCCUGCUCCUCUUGGGAAAAACUCAACAUCAAGACUAGAAAACCCUAUACAAUAACAAAACAACGUGAACGAUGGACAGAAGAUGAGCAUAAUAGUUUUUUAGAAGCCCUGAAACUAUAUGGGCGAGCUUGGCAACGGAUAGAAGAACACAUAGGAACCAAGACUGCCGUGCAAAUCAGAAGCCAUGCGCAAAAGUUCUUUACAAAGUUGGAGAAAGAGGCUGGUGCUAAAGGUGUUCCAAUAGGACAGGCGCUUGACCUGGAAAUUCCUCCUCCACGCCCUAAACGGAAACCGAAUUAUCCUUACCCUAGAAACACUCAUACACGCGAGCCAGAAAAGCCACCAACUUCAGUUUCUUCGUUGCAAGUACCGAAUCUCGAGACAAAACCACUCCCUGAGAAAACCAGCUACACAGAGAAUCCGGAAAAUGAAAAAACCGUACCAAAUGAAAAUUUCAACACCGUUGAAACCGGAGAGCAAGAUGGUGUAGUUGACGGCACACACUUUGCACAUGAAAAUAUCGUUCAAGGUCAAUAUUCUGAUAAGCCUGUGAGUUUAAUAAACCAUAUACAGAGUAAGCAGACGUACCCAAGGCAUGUUCCUGUACAAGUUGUAGAUGUACAUCAAGACGUUAGGGCAAAAACUAGCGUUCCCGAUCCCGCUAACCUAUUAGUUAACAUAGCAACAGCAUCUGCAAGUAGUGUGCAAAAUCUUAACAGUACCCUUGAUAAUCAAGAGAAUUACAAAUCGUUUCUCGAUGUUUCAUCGACUAUUUCUAGUGUCCUUGUUUCUUCUCUGCUGCAAAAUCCUGCCGCCUACGCUGCAGCAAGCUUUGCAGCUAAAUUUUAUCAUCCUGCUAAUACCGCAGAAGCUUCCUCUGCAGAUUCGUAUUCAAGAGAUCAGUUGAACCCCGAGGCUACUCCUAGCAUGGCUGCCAUUGCUGCUGCUACUGUAGCAGCCGCAACUGCAUGGUGGUCAGCUCAUGGUCCGCUUCCGGUUUGUACUCUUUUUUACCCUGGCGGUUAUUUUCAGACGCCAAUGGAAGAAAAUCAAGUAAGAGUAGCCGAUACCAGAAGAGAAAAGGCGGCUCCUUCAGAAGGUGUCAUGCAAGAAGAGAAGACGGAUAUCGAAGAAGAUCUUCAUGAUUCAAACAAAACUAACAUUGGAAAACAGAUUGACCGGUCUUCUUGUGGUUCAAACACUAGUUCCAGCAGUGAACCUGUUUCAGAAAAGCAUGGGAAAGAAGCAGAAGAAACUAAAGGGUCAGAUGUUAAGGAGUCUAUUAUUAGCCCAAACGAAACAUGUAAAGGGGUCUCCGAAGAGGCAAGUUACUCUAACCCAUGUCACAUCUUCUGGAAACUAGAAACGGAGAUGGAUCGACAGCGUAUAAACAAGAACAGUGAGUUAGACCUAAACAGAAUGAGUCAAGAACCAGGGGAGAGCAACGGUUUUGUAGGUGAAGAAGGGGUAUUGAGAAUGGGAUUGGGGAGCGUGAAGGUGAACGCUCGUCAUAUGGGAUUCAGACCGUACAAGAGGUGUUCGGUUGAGGCUAAAGAACGCUGCAAGAUCGUGACAGGUGAUGAAAAAAGCCCAAAGAGAAUGUGUUUGGGAACCGAGGCUUCAAAUUGAUACAGGAAGGUUGUGUGUUGUAUAUUUUAUAAGCCUAGUCUUAAACCUCUCCAAACGUUUUCGUGGUAUAUAAUCUUUUUUACAUUUUUAGCUGAAGGUGCAGUAUAGAUUAUAAUGUAUUGGAUAUAGUUCUUUGGAGAAGGAAAACUUUCAACUUGUGCAUAUUUUGAACAUUAACUUUUAAUAAAAAGAGCGACUUAUGGUCCUCAAAUGAUAAUACAGGUUGUAUAUACUUCGAGCGCAAAGGCCCAAGUCUCAAAUGAAUGGCCAGGUAAGUAAGAUGAUUAUUUGUCUAUGCUUCCUCUCAUUAAAAAUCUGAAAAAUUAUUCUAUAGUUUGAUUAAUGUGGUUGAGGUUAAUAUACAUUGCAUAUAUUCCUGGGCAAGGGCAUAUAAGCUCUACAGGUAGCUCGAUCGUCAAAAGGUACACGAGAGUUUUGAGGACAGGUUAGUUAUCUGCUGCUUCUUUUCCUAUGUUAUGUUGUAAGGGCAUUGCAAUGCAGCCUCAAGAAAUAUCAAUUUAAAUCAGUGCCCAUGAUGGAGAACCCUGAGUAGAUGAACGGUCGAGGUUUGGGGCAUAUCAACGAUCCAAACCUAUAUUCUCCUACUACCCAAUCCUAUUUGUAUCACAAUCCAGGCAUGUUCCCAAAAUACAACCAGAGCCGUCAAAGAAAAAAAGAAACAAAAAUGAUAAUCAAGAAUGUCCGGCAAUGAGCAAGUAUUUUGUGGGGAAUGGUUGAGGAAACACGAGCGUUUUGUAAUAUUUCGGAGGAUCCAAUAAAAGGUUACAUUUUUUAUUACAAA